CGCAUUCCACCAUGGCUUCCAAGAAGCAGCAGCAGGAAAUGGUGCAGGUCGACCGCUCCUCCUCUGCCUCUCCCUUCUGGCGGACGGCCUCCAACAGCGCCACCUCGCCCCCGGGCAAGAAGGUCAUUGGCGCAUCCUACUCGCACGCCGAUAUCCUCAACUUCAGUUCGCUGAGCGUCUCUGCGUCGACGGCGCGACCUCGCACCCCGCCCUCGGCCACGCACAGUCGCGAGUCGAGCAUCGCGCCAGGCCGGUCCAGCAAGACAACAUCGCCCCGCCCUGCGCGCCCAACAUACGGCCACUUCCUCAAUGACACACAUCAAGACUGGAAUUAUGGCGACGACCACGACGACACCGACAACAUGUUCGAAGACGACGAGGACGAGUUUGGGCUCCCGAGCAUUGCAAACAUGCGAAGAAAGGGCCGUCGGAAACAGCCUCCGAAGUCCAAGGAUUCGGUCAGCACGGUGAACAGGGACAGUCUGGGCUCGACCGCAUGGCGCGCCAUAGACAGUGGCGACAUAGCCGAAGAGCGCGGCAUACCCAACUACCCAACUGCCAACAAGACAGAAGGCAAGAUACUACGACCUCAAUACCAGGAAAUCCUACGAGACCCCGCAAACUCGCUGCACCUCAUAUCUCACCCCACCAUAGAUGCGAAUGCUUCGGCAAAGCAGAUCGAGGAGCACUCGGCUCGAACCACCCGAAUCAACAAGUUCAAACGGAUACUCCAGGCCAGCACCAUAUCUCUUUCCGAUUUGCGUGAUUCAGCAUGGUCAGGUGUACCGUCUGAGGUGCGAGCCAUGGCAUGGCAGUUGCUAUUAGGCUAUCUACCCACCAGCAGCGAAAGAAGGGUCGCAACACUGGAGCGCAAACGGAAGGAGUACCUCGAGGGUGUAAGACAGGCUUUUGAUCGAGGAACCUCUGGUAGCACUGGCGCAGUCGCGUCUGGCAUCGCUGGCGGUGCGGCAUAUCCUGCAGCCAAUCGAGGGCGGGGGCGUGGGCUGGAUGAAGCGAUAUGGCAUCAGAUCAGCAUCGAUGUGCCUCGGACAAACCCGCACCUGGAGCUCUACAGCUAUGAAGCAACACAACGGUCGCUCGAGCGCAUUCUCUACGUUUGGGCCAUACGGCACCCUGCCUCAGGCUACGUGCAAGGCAUCAAUGACUUGGUAACCCCAUUCUGGCAGGUCUUCCUUGGCGCCUACAUUUCAGAUCCUGACAUAGAAUUCGGCAUGGAUCCGGGACAGCUGCCCAAGCAAGUGCUGGACGCUGUGGAAGCUGACUCAUUCUGGUGCUUGACCAAGUUGCUUGAUGGUAUACAGGACAAUUAUAUUGCCCACCAGCCGGGCAUCCAGAGGCAGGUAUCAAGCCUAAGGGAUCUCACUACACGCAUCGACGAUGGACUGGCGAAACAUCUUCAGAACGAGGGUGUCGAGUUCAUACAGUUCAGUUUCCGGUGGAUGAAUUGCCUUUUGAUGCGUGAGAUAUCCGUAAAGAACACAAUACGAAUGUGGGAUACCUAUCUGGCCGAGGAAGAUGGUUUUUCGUCGUUUCAUCUCUAUGUCUGCGCUGCCUUCCUCGUAAAAUGGUCGGAUCAGCUUCGCAAGAUGGACUUUCAGGAGAUCAUGAUGUUUUUGCAAUCACUACCCACUCGGCAGUGGACCGAGAAAGACAUUGAGUUGUUGUUGAGCGAAGCUUUCAUAUGGCAAAGCUUGUUCAAGGGUAGCGGCGCCCACUUGAAGAACACUGGCUCCAAAGAGAUUGGUGUGGGGAUGGGUCCCGACUUCUGAGAGAGCGCUGAUGUUGUACGUUGACUAGACGCACGCCAACCAUGUCAAAGGCGCGGGGCUGUAGCAAUCCAUGUGUGGGUGUCGCAAAUGUUGUUCCCAUGACUGCCACAAGCAACGCUAACUCGCGAUGCUUGGCGUCCGUUUUUCCGAUUUCGACGCCAUCGCCGAGCAGCAUGUAUCAUUAUCGCACUGCACCAGUACUUAUCGGUUCAGAUACCGAGGUCAACAACGAUGGUUAGGAGCUACCCCGCCCUCUGCCCCACUACGC